UUGCCGGUCAGUAUCAAUCAAAGAGAGAAGUGAAAUAACCUGCAUUGCUCCGAAAUGGGGCUCACACUAUUUUUUGUUAUUGCCCUCGCGGCUAGAACAUUUGCAGGUCCUAUCCAAGAAGUAUCCAUUAGAGAUCAAUGUGCUAGACAAUGUACAGUAUCGAGCAAAUUCAACUAUGAAACUGGACAGACCUAUGAAUUCAACUACGAAACGGAAAUUCGAACAGCGAUACAAGGUGCAUCAGAAGACCAAGCCGGUGUGGAUUUAUCAGCGAAGGUGUACUUAGACUUACUUUCAAAAUGUGAAAUGGUCAUGCGGCUGAGUGAUGUCAGACUGACAGAACAAGACCCAGAGACGUCUACAAUGAUAGCAGUGACUUCUGACCUUAUUUCUGGUCUGGAACAAAAUCCUCUAACAGUCUCUUUCCAAGAUGGCAACAUUGAGGAACUUUGUCUGUCAAAACCAGAAAGUGACAAAAUAUUGAACAUCAAGAGAGGUAUAAUGUCCCUCAUCCAGAACAACAUGGAUGAUAUCAACAAAGACCAGAAAGUCACCGAAGUUGAUGUGUCUGGUAAAUGUGAAACCGAAUACACAUCUAAAGAUAAGGGAUGGUACAACAAAUUGAUCACGAAAUCCAAGAAUCUUCUGGGAUGUACUGGUCGUCAAGGCAGCAACACAGCUAUCCAUGGAAUUCCUUACUCCUCUAAUUCAGGUGUGCAGUCAGUCCCGCUUAUCAAGAGCACACACGAGGUCCAACAGGAAUUUGUAAAGUCAACCGGCCGACUUCAGUCUGCAACAUGUCAUGAGGAGCACACAUUUGUCCCUUUCUCUAGAUCAGGCAGUGGAGCUAUCACACACAGUACCCAAACUCUGACAUUCGUAAAGGAAUACAAGUCUCGUUCUAAGCCAGAACAAAUUUCGGUAAGAGUACCAAUCCAGUUCCAACACUCUAGUGGAAUUAGCGCUGAGCAGACAAGAAAAGAUAUGGAACAAAAACUGAUGGACAUUUGCCGCAACACAAAAGACGGAAUUACACCAGAAACACCAAAUCUUUUUACAUCGUUGGUUCGCACCAUGAAGGCGAUGGAGUCGAAAGAUCUUGUAGAUAUUUACCAAAAAAUCAAGAACAAGGAGAUCUGCUCCGUUAACAACGACAGAGUGAGAAAAUUCUUCCUCGAUGCCAUUCCUAUGUCUGGAACUAUAGACAGCCUCAAACUCAUGGUCAAACUCCUAACCAGCGGUCAGGUGACUGGUUUAGAUGCCGACAUGUGGAUGACAUCCCUUGCUUUCAUUCAGAAUCCAUCAAUUGAAAUGUUAGCUGAAGCAAAGUCACUAUUGUCCAUGAAAACUAACGAGGAAAAAGCUAUGCUGUCAGUUAGCUCUUUGGUACACACUGUUUGCAAGAACAACCCAAGCUGUGAUAACUUCCUUGAAGUGAAGAAGAUCAUUUCCCUUCUGGAAAGCAAAAUUGCUCCUUCAUGCAAGAUAUCAGACGACACCUUCCGCACAAGCCUUUUGGCAUUAAGAGCUAUUGGUAAUGCUGGAUAUGGUACAAGCACCAUUCCUACCUUGACAAAAUGCUUCAAAAGAACUGAAAAUCCUAUCGAGAUUAGACUUUCCGCCAUAGAGACAUUCCGACGCAUUCCAUGCAAAGCUGAUAAGUCGACGGUGUUAUCUAUUUUCGUCGAUACCGAGGAAGAUUCUGAAGUCAGAAUCGCCGCCUACAAAUCAUUGAUGGAAUGUCCUUCUGAUUACCUAAUCAGCAAAGUAAAGGGUAUGCUUGGAAAGGAGGAAGUCAACCAGGUUGGAUCCUACGUAUGGUCCCAUCUAACCAACCUCAUGGAAACCUCGAACCCACAUAAGCAGGCAAUUAAAUCAGUCCUAGAAGAUGAAAUUCUACAAAAGGAAUUUAACAUGGACAAUAGGAAAUUCUCUAGGAACUAUGAAAAAUCCCUAUUGUUAGAAAAGAUUAAUACUGGAGCCGUUGCUGAGGGCGAUCUUAUUUGGUCUUCAAAGUCUUUUAUUCCUAGAUCAGCGAUGGUGAACCUCACAGUUGACCUUUUUGGAAACGCAAUCAACCUCUUUGAGAUUGGAGGCCGAAUUGAAGGUCUUGAGUACUUCCUUGAAUCUUACUUUGGGCCAAAUGGUUACUUUAGUGAAAAUGACGUUCAGCAAGCAGUGGAAGAAACGGCUGUAGACGUCGUCAAGACGGACAAAGUCAAACGUAUUGACAAGAGGAACAACCGUGUCAUGGAUGAACUUCGUGGAUCCCUUUACAUGAGAGUAUUCGGCAACGAACUCCGGUACAUGAAUUUCCAGGGACUUGACUCAUUAUUUUCCCAGAACAGUUUUAACUUCCUCGAUAUGAUGAUGAAAUUUAGCAAAGAAAACGACUAUCAGUACACACACAGUUCAAUGUUUAUGGAUAGUUCAAUAAUUGUUCCAACUAGCUCAGGUUUCCCAUUGAACCUCACAGUUAACGGAACUGCCACCAUGGACUUCAAAGCGUCCGGUAAAAUGGAUGUCAUGAAAUUCCCAACAAUGGACAUUCGUGGAAUAAUCAAACCAAGUGCUGCUGUAGUUGUGUCAAGUCAAAUGGGAGUUGAUGCUCUAGACACACAAGUUGGAGUAAAAAUGGUAUCGACCCUUCAUUCAAGUACUUCAGUCCAAGGAAAAGUUUCAUUAUCAGAAGGAAGCAUUGUCAAUGUCGAAUUUGAUCUUCCAGAAGAGAAACAAGAAAUUAUUAGUGUUAGUUCUUCAUUUUACACCAUACACCGUCAUAUGGAGAGAGAACAGAAAAUGAUAACAGUAAAUCGCCGGGAACACAAUGCCUGCACUGGAAGUAAGCUAGCUAAGAUAACUGGCCUAGAACUUUGCGGUGAGCUAAGCUUCCCCAACGCAUCACUGGUAGAAAAUGCACCGUAUUUCCCAAUUACAGGACCGGUCAAAGCUGGAAUUUCUCUCUACAAGCGUGACACAAGAAUGACUGGAUACAAACUCGAAGCAAGGUCAACACACAAUGCUGAUGAAAACAUUGUUCGUGUAGCUUUCACAACUCCAAACUCAAGAACCGAUAGGAAUUUCGCAUUGGAUCUUAAUCUAAAUAAAGUCCAAGGAGCUCUUGAUGCAAGCUUCAGUUCACCUUGGAAGAAAGCAGACUUUAAAGGAACAUUUAUUAACGAGAAAACAAACAAGGGAAUCAGCGGGAAAAUGAACUGGGAUGGAUCUGUCCGCUUUGAUGUCAAGGCAAACUUACAGUCGGAAAGAUCAGGUCCAGGAAUGUUGUAUUCACCAACCAUACAAAUUUCUAUUCCCGGAAUGAACAAAGUUGGUCUCAGUGGAACAGUCAAAUACGCAGCAUGGAAGAACUUUGAAACAGAUCUUUCUCUUACUGGAAUCAAGUCAACCCCUAUCUCUGUAAAAAGUUCUAUUCAAAACAAAGCAAAGAUAAUGAGUGCAAGUGCCAGCCUGCAAGUGUCACCCAAACAAGUAUAUUCGGUAGAUUCAUCGGUACAGACGACUGAAUACAAGAAAAAGAUCGUAUACAAGUCACAAAUCUCCAUCCGUUCUCCAUCCCAAGAACUUUUAGCUUUUGCUGGAACGUAUACAAAUGUUUAUGGAAAGAACAUUGAACUAGAUAUUGUUGUGGACAAACUUGUUGAAAAACCGGUCAUGCUUAAGACAAACCUUAUUACCAAAUCAUUCCGACGGGGACGUUUGCAAAAGAUAGUCAGAGUCGAUUUCAGAUCAAAAGUUAUGGAUAUAAAAAUGAAGAACAAAUUCGACAAUAGAAAUGGCAAAACCUUCGCUACAGAUACGGAUUUGACUUACGUUAUCCGUAGAUAUGCAAGAGAUAACAUAAAACUGGUCACUAAGGUUAUCAAUCAGAGCAGCAAAUCCCUUAUGAAGGCAAGGGCUUCUAUGAAUUUAGCUUCCAAACGUAAUCCGGCAGCAAAUCUGAAACUAAUCGGCAAUUUAAAUCACAACAAGAGACAUUCUGAGAUUGAAACUGACAUAGCAUAUGGACCAGAUUUUAAAGACGCUAAUAAACAAGUCAGCUUUUCCAUGUCUAUGGACAGAGCAAUCAAGAGUUUGUCACAGGCAUCCGCUACCCUCAAUGGAAAACUUCUUGUCGGAUCGGGCUUUAGAAUCAUUACUAAACUGGACCACUCUCAUGAUCCUAAGUCACUGGACUCAAACGUGAUGCUCCGUAUUAACAAAGAUGCCGUUACAUCAAGUUUAAGUCUAAAAGAUGCAUCCACAGACCUUAAAAGUCUUUCCGGACAAUUCGAGCUGGAACUCCCGGGAAAGAGCAUUGUUGUUUCUCAAAUCGUCAAAGAAAAUGCCCCGAACGAUUUCACAAGCACAAUGAAUGCAAAAUAUGGAAAGUCCAAGAAUACCAUUGUAACGUCAUGGAAGAAGGUUGCACCAUCAGCUCUCACCAUUUCCUCUGACAUUGAUCUCAGUUCGGCUGAUCCUAUCAAAAUAAAUGCAGAAUAUACUUUUGGACCAGAACAGUAUAAGUUUGGCGGUUCUUUCCAGAAGGCGACAUCUAAAUACAGUGCCGUUGUCACAUCUCAAGUAGAAAUAGGAAAGUCCAUUCAGAUUUCAACUGACCUUGAAUGUCCAUCUCGACAUGUUAUUGGAAAUUUUGAAGGCUCAAAAUCUAAUAACAAAUACAUAAGCCGAGCCGAUGUACGAUGGAAUGCUGACAGAGAUGAUACUCAGCGUAUAACUAUCAAUGGUAAUGGGCAAAUGUCAAGUCUUGCUGAUGUUGAUGGAUCCUUUACAGUCCAAUAUCCAGGCAGAACUGUUGCAGUGAACGUGAGAAAUAGUAUAGGCAAGAAAUAUGCAACACACGUAGACUUCCAGUGGGAGCCUAAAAAGAUCAUUUCAUUUGACUCUACCUUUGGAGACUACAGCAAAUCAGACAGUCGGGAAAUAAUAAGUACCAUCAAACUUGGUACUCCUUUUAUUACACUUAAAUCUCUUGAUAUAACUUUGGACCAUCAAAUCAAUUCUGGCAUGUAUCAGACAAAAUUAGAUGCGCAGUGGAAUCCAAAACAAACGAUAUCUGCUACCUUGACUGCAAGAAAACCAAUGACACUUAAAAGCAUUGAUAUUGACUUUAUUGGUAAAGCUCCUUCCCUGGGAUACAGAACAAUUCAAUCAUCACUUAAACAUAACAUUGGAAAUGGUGUGUCAACCAUAGGGAAAGUUGUUCUUAACAGGCAAUCCGUGCAGGUGGACAUGUCCCUCCUUGAUAAAGGCGACGAAAGUACGACCGACAUCAAGGGUCAGAUAGAUGUCAAAACAUCAUUCCGUCAGCUUAAAACCGCAACCGUAACAUUUUCUCACAGGAACGAUGGAAGACAGAUUGAUACCAGCGCGCUGUUGAAAUACAACAAGAAACAAUAUGGCAUAGAAAGCUCAAUGAAGGGCAAACUUCGUGGCUUAGAAGUGAACACUGAUGGUGACAUUAAAAUACAGCUUCCGUCUGAUACGAUCAGAGCAACUUGGGGACACAAGAAUUCUAUGUCUGAAAUCAUAACAACAUCUGAAAUUACUUGGGACAAUAAACGUGUGUUUGUAAGUUUCAAGGGACUACAAGAUCUUAGUCUUCCGACUGGAACACUCUCUGCAGCGUUGGAAAUCCAAACACCAUUCAACGUCAUUAAAGAUGUUGUUUUCCAACUGAAUCAUCUUCACAAAACUGGCAAAAUUGAUUCAACACUCAUGGUCACUAAUAACGGUAACAGCUUGGCAACAAUUGAAGGUAAAUAUUUAAAUGAAAAUGGAAAAAUAACAUCACGAUUCUCUACUUCAAAUCCAGGUAUAGUCUAUUAA